GGACAGCAAGCCUGCUUGAGACGGUGCAAAAACGCUAGCAUAAUGAUGCUCUGCCGUGCUACAAAUGUUGCUCGGGCAACUGGCCGCCGGACGUUCGCGGAUGGGCCCCUCUUGAAGACCAUGCUCUACGACCUGCACGUAUGCAGCCAGCGCACAGCAAAAGAUCCAUCGACCGCCCGCGCGCCCAAUCGCCAUUAGCGAUGCUCACACGCUGCGCGACGCCGCCGCUGCGCCGAUGCGCAACCGCCCGUGCACCGACGGCACCGGUUUGCACACACGCGCCGCGACGCCGUCGCCGUGCCGACGCAUAAAGGACACUCACGCACGCAGGUCGAGCGCGGCGGCAAGAUGGUGCCCUUCGCCGGCUACGAGCUGCCGGUCCAGUACGCGGGCGCCGGCGUGCUCAAGGAGCACACGCACUGCCGCGCGCCGGGCAAGGCGUCGGUCUUCGACGUCGGGCACAUGGGCCAGAUCAAGUGGACGGGCGCCGACCGUGCUGCUUUUUUGGAGAAGUGCGUCGUCGGUGAUAUCAAGGGGCUCGGGGCGGGCGAAGGCCGCUUAUCAUUAUUGACCAAUGAGUCGGGCGGCAUCCUCGACGAUACGGUCAUCACGAACGCGGGCGACUACAUCUACAUGGUCGUCAAUGGCGCCUGCAAGGUCACGGACAUGGCUCAUUUGGAGAAGAUGAUGGCGGAGAAUUCGGACAUGGACGUGCAGAUGAACUACCUGGGCGAUGAUGCGACCCUGGUGGCGCUGCAGGGCGACGGCGCGAAGACCGCGCUCCAACCCUUACUGCCGGACGGCUUCGACAUGGAGCGCUUCGCGUUCAUGACGGGCGUCGAUACGACUGUGGGAGGCAUGGAGUGCCGCGUGACGCGCUGCGGCUACACGGGCGAGGACGGCUUCGAGAUCGGCGUUACUCAUACCAAAGACGCCGUCGCCGUCGCUGAACUCUUAUUAUCGAAUGAGAACGUGGAGCCGUGCGGCCUGGGCGCGCGCGACUCGCUGCGGCUCGAGGCCGGCCUCUGCCUCUACGGCAACGAUCUUGAUGAUACGGUGAACCCCGUCGAGGGCACGUUGCUCUGGACGAUCGGCCCCAAGGACACGCGCCGCCGCACGGAGCAGGGCUUCCCCGGCGCGUCGAACAUGCUCACGGCCGAAGGCAAACCGAAGAAGUUCGGCCGCAAGCGCGUCGGCUUCAUGGGCCACACGAAGCCGGCGCGGCCGGGCGCCGACAUCUACUCCGCUGAUGGUACGACGAAGGUCGGCACGGUCGCCACCAGUGAGGAAAUCAAACGCCGCGGCGCCGAGAUGGCGAGACUCCCUGACUCACUGGUUGAUUUCCGCACAGGUCACGAGCGGCACCGUCUCGCCCUGCCUGAACGCCCCCAUCGCCAUGGGCUACGUCGAGACGGCUCUUGGGAAGAAUGGAACUGAGUUGACUGUUGACAUUCGUGGCAAGAAGAUUCCUACCAAGGUUGCGAAGAUGCCCUUCGUCGAGCCGAACUACUGGCGCGUGCCCGAGUAGAUGCUGGUCUGCUCGAGCGGUAGUUUAACUUGAUGUCACAUAA